UUUGCUUGGGAUUGCUCAGACUUCAGAGAAAAAGAUAAUAGUUUUGCGUCUCGUGCUCUGGUUUUUCUGACCCCGCAACCCUUGCAACCCAUGGCAUCGUCAGCGACGAAAAGAGAGAGACGGAGAGGGGGGAUCUUUGCAACAAAACCUACAACUCUUGCGUGAAUAGACCCUUUCUCUUCUUCUUCUCUUCACCCCUAGAACCCAUGGCAUCAUGGCAUUGUCAACGAUGAAAAGAGGGAGACGUAGAGGAGGGAUCUUUGCAACAAAACAUGCAACCCUUGACGGAGGCAAUACUCAGAUUUGGGUUCCUUUAAAGACCGAACCAGUUCGGUUUCUUAUUGAAAGGAAGAAGACGAUAUAGUCGUGGCAUAGUCUGAGGAGGCUUCAUUUCCUUCGGGUUUUUCGCUUGGGGACUGAAAAUGGAGGGAGCGGGAGACUCGGCAGAACCAAAUACAUCCCUCUUUCCUAUCUUCCCUGCCUCGGAUUCCUCUCAAAAGAGCAGCUCCGACGUCCCUCAGUGGCUCCAGAACACCAGCUUCACUACAGACCUCUCUGUCAUUCGUGAAUCAGUCGCUUCUCGAUACGACAUAACCUACCCAGUAGGGGAGGAAGAAGAAGGAGGAGAAGGCCAUGCCCAGGAACCCCCUCAGGCGAAGGCACCGCCUUCAUACGAUUUGCUGGAAUCUUCUGCGUCGGACCGAGACCACGAUUCCGACUCCAAGCGCGAAAAGAGAAGUAGGAAGAAGAAGAAACGGAAGAGAAAGAGGUCGCAGGAUGCAGCAAGGAGGGAGGGCGAUGAUUACGCGUCUAGAAAAUCCGGUGUUCGAGCUUGGGAGGGGUCUGACACGAAACCUGCCAAGGACUAUUACUUCGAUUCUCGAGGAGAUCGUGAUAAUUUGGUCUUUGGAUGCCUUUACAGAAUGGAUGUAGCUCGUUACAAGCUUCAGAAUCGAUCAAGCUCAUCUGGGUCUAAUUUUCGAGUUUUGUAUCGUGGGAGAAACUGGGGUCCUUUUUCGAAUGCAGAUGAAGAUAUUGAUGCAUUGGACGGUAAACUAAGAUCGGAAGGUCGCUACUGGUCUUCGAAAUACUCAGCUUUGGAACGUCAUAAGGGCUUCAAGCGUGUUCGAGUUGUUGCUCUUGACAGGUCUUUGAAUAUUGCUGGGGAAUUCAUUCCUUUUACCGAAAGUGUUGAGGUGGAGGCACCGAAAAAUGUAACGGCGAAUGAAGAAUCCUGGGAAGAUGAAGUGUUACGUAAAACAAAGGAGUUCAAUAAGAUGUCAAGGGAAGCCCCACACGAUGAGAAAAUCUGGUUAGCCUUUGCUGAGUUUCAGGACAAGAUUGCAAGCAGGCAGCCUCAGAAAGCGGCUCGCUUGCAGACACUUGAGAAGAAGAUAAGCAUACUGGAGAAGGCUACUGAGCUAAACCCGGAUAAUGAAGAGCUUCUGCUUUGUCUUCUGAAGGCUUAUCAGAGCAGGGACAGCACUGAAGUUCUUAUUGAAAGAUGGGAGAAGAUACUCAUGCAGCAUUCCGGCAGUUCCAAGUUGUGGAAAGAGUUCUUGCGAGUUGCGCGGGGGGAAUUCUCCAAAUUCAAGGUUUCUAAUACGAGGAAAAUGUAUGCCCAUGCGAUCCAGGCUCUGUCUUCUGCAUGUGGAAAGCUGUGUAGGCAGGUUAACCAAACUGCCAAACCACCCUCAAUGGAUCCUGCUAUUAUUCAGCUAGAACUGGAUGUUGUUGACAUUUUUGUCAGCCUUUGUAGGUUUGAAUGGCAGGCUGGCUACCAAGAGUUAGCAACUGCAUUAUUUCAAGCUGAAAUUGAGUACAGCUUAUUUUGUCCUUCUUUACUUCUCACUGAGCAAAGUAAGCAAAGAUUGUUUGAGCACUUCUGGAGUAGUAAUGAUGCAAGAAUUGGAGAAGAUGAAGCACUUGGGUGGUCCACCUGGUUGGAAAAAGAGGAGGAAAAUAGGCAAAAGAUUAUUGAAGACUCCUCACAAGAAAAGGAAGGAGGUUGGACUGGCUGGUCAUUACCAUCUCCAAGAAAUAAUGAAAUUAGUACAGAUCCAGAUGAUUUGAAUAAUGAUGUUAUAGCUGCUGAGGAGGUUGGAGAUGAUUUUGAGACUGAAGAUGUCAAGGAGGAGGAUGAAAUUGAAGCUUUACUGAAGAAGCUAGGCAUUGAUGUUGAUGCUGAGGCUGAGAGUGAGGUGAAAGAUGCAAGUACUUGGACUAGAUGGUCAGAAGAAGAAAUAUUAAGAGAUAAUGAGCAAUGGAUGCCUGUGCAUGAAAAAUCUGGGGCAUCAUAUAAUGAUGAGGCACCAGACAGAGAAGGCGAUGAGCAACUUUUGGGAGUGAUAUUGUUUGAAGAUGUUAGUGAAUACCUCUUUUCAUUGUGCUCAGAAGAGGCUCGUUUAUCUCUACUAUCCCAAUUCAUUGACUUCUUUGGUGGGAAGAUUUCUCAAUGGGCAUCCACAAACAGUUCAAGUUGGAUUGAAAAUACCCUCAGCCUGGAGGCAUUACCAGAUUCUAUUUUAGAAGAUUUAAGAAACAUUCAUGAAGUAAUGACAAAAAAAGAAAGUGCUUUGAGUAACUUUAAUUUGGAAUUUCUUUUGGGCAGUUCAAUUGAUAUAUCCAGAAGGACCAGUAUGAUGAAGUUUCUUCGCAAUGCAAUCUUGCUUUGUUUAGCUGCUUUUCCUCGUAACUAUAUCAUGGAAGAGGCUGCCCUUGUUGCUGAAGAGCUGUUCACAACGAGAAUGAAUACUUGUACAUCCUCAGUGACCCCAUCUCGGGCUUUGGCAAAAUCCCUUUUGAAAAAUGAUCGUCAGGAUUUAUUGCUUUGUGGAGUUUAUGCACGAAGGGAGGCUGCUUCUGGGAAUAUUGAUCUUGCAAGGAAGGUGUUUGACAUGGCAUUAUCUUCAAUUGAAGGGCUUCCGAUGGAUCUUCAGUCGAAUGCACCUCUUUUAUAUUUUUGGUAUGCUGAAGCGGAGCUUGCGAACUGUCAAGGCAAUACUUCAGAGUCAUCCUCAUUGCGUGCAAUACACAUUCUGUCUUGCUUAGGAAGUGGUGUAAAGUACAGUCCAUUUAAAUGUCAACCAUCAAGUCUGCAACUGCUAAGAGCUCACCAGGGAUUUAAAGAACGCAUUAGGAUGUUGCGAUUGGAUUGGGCACGUGGAAUUAUAAAAGAUCAUUCUGUUGCUCUUGUUUCUUCAGCUGCUUUAUUCGAAGCAUUGACUACUGGAAAGUCUGCUGGAGUUGGAGUUUUAGAAGAGACAUUUUCUAUGGUGCUUCCAGAAAGAAAAAGCCAGAGUUCUCAGCUAGAAUCCUUGUUCAACUACUAUGUGGAGAUGCUUCAGAAACAUUAUAAGCAAUUUCAACUUUCAAGAGUGUGGGAAUCCAUUUUGCAGGGUUUAAAAAUUUAUCCUUACAAUCCAAAGAUUUUUUGUGCUUUUGUAGGGAUCAGCCAUCUUUAUACUGUACCCCACAAAGUCCGAUGGAUAUUUGAUGAAUAUUGCAACAAGAAGCCAUCUGUUAUUUGUUGGCUCUUCGCAUUGUCAUUUGAGAUGGGUAGAGGAGGUUCCCAACAUAGAAUCCAUGGAUUGUUUGAAAGGGCAUUGGCGAAUGAUAAGCUGCAUGAUUCCGUAGUGUUGUGGAGGUGCUACAUUGCCUAUGAGAUCUAUGUGGCAUGCAAUCCUGUAUCUGCUAAACGAAUUUUCUUCAGAGCUAUUCAUGCUUGCCCAUGGUCAAAAAAGCUUUGGCUUGAUGGUUUUGUCAAAUUGAACUCUGUUCUUACUGCAAAGGAGCUUUCAGAUCUCCAAGAGGUUAUGCGUGAUAAAGAAUUGCAUUUGAGAACAGAUAUCUAUGAAAUUCUCUUGCAAGAUGAGAUUAAAUAGUUAAAACAAAGUUGUUCGUUCAGUUUGGAGUGGAGGUCGGCCAAUCUAGCAGAGAUGGAGCUAUGGCACUUCAAAUAAUGCCCGCUUUGAUCCCUUCUCUUAUUUGAUCUAUGAUAAGACGAUGAUGGAACUUCGCUUCGGCCCGUGCUUUGUGAGAGAAUUUCGAUUGCUUCAUGGGAAUAUGGCCAUUCCGAUUCCAACUGUUUGGUUGGGUGGAAUCGGAAUCCCAUUCCUAUGCAUUCCCCCAUUUGAGGGAAUGACAAUUCCCUCCCCUCCUUUGGGAUUGGAAUCCCAUUCCAGCUCAUUCAGUUUGUUACAUAGUUUUGGUUUUAACAUAUUUAUUUUGAAGAUAGAAGCAUGUAUUGCAACAUUAUUUACUGCUCAUUUGUGAUUGCUUUCAUGCAGUGGCUUUGCAAGGUGGGCCUUGAAAGCCCGAAUUUGCUUUA